AUGGAAAAACCCCGUCAUCAUGCCUACUUGAAUAGCAGUGGCUCUGCUAUUCAAGAGACACAGGGUUACCACUGUUCAAGGCUUGUCAGAACCAUUUGCACUAUCAUGGUUAGAACACGAGGUUUACGUCGUGUGGUAGGCACAGGUAGAGGCAGAGACCUUAGUCAGGAUGUGCCUGAGGAUGUUCCUCGGCGUCGUAGGCCCACUGCCUCAGCACGUAGGCAACGGGUUACCCAGAGAGUCGAGGAUGUUCCUCAGUUGGCUAAGGAUGUGCCUCAUGCGUCUGAUGGUAGCCCAGAGAGGACAGGAGCUGCCGAUGGUGCUGAGAUAGAUCGAUUGGCUAGUGAUGGGAUAGUUGAUGAUGAUGAGGGGUUCCCCGGUGGGCCACGCGAUCCAUCUAUUUUGAUAGGAUUUGCUGAUCAUGUGGAGCGACCCGAUCUCAAGUUGGUCUCCCAUGGUAGGAAAGUAGAUAAAUUUGGGAGACCGGCUGCUGAGAUCGAAGGUAUGAUUGCGGCCACCGGAUUGGAUCCAUUGAUCAGGUGUUUUGUGAUCACCACUGAUCCUGGACUCAUAUCCGCCUUUGUUGAGAGGUGGCAUAGGGAGACAAGCAGCUUCCACCUCCCAGUAGGGGAGGUGACGAUCACUCUAGACGACGUUUUGUCACUGCUGCACAUUCCGAUUACUGGCGCGCUGCAUUCAUUUGAGCCGCUGGUUACAUCUGUCGCAAUCGCCCUGUUGACGAAGCUACUUGAGGUCACCACAGACGAGGCUACAGCUAAGACACGUCAGGCAGGUGGGCCUCAUGUUCGGUUGUCCUGGCUUCGGGACAUGUACCAGAGUAGGUGCCGGGCCAGGCAGUGGGGUGCUGCAGCUCGGACGUACCUACUUCAUUUGGUUGGUUGCACUCUUUUCGCUAACAAGAGUGCAACCCAUGUCCAUGUUGUGCACCUGCAGGAAUUCAGAGACCUGGGCCUGGCAGGGGCAUUCUCUUGGGGAGCGGCCGCUUUGGUCCACUUGUACGAUCAACUUAACGAGGCGUCGCAGGCCCCUACACGGCAGAUGGCUGGUUACAUUUCACUACUUCAGUGCUGGAUUUACGAGCACUUUCCAUCAGUCCACAGGUGUGUUGUUGACGAUGGUUAUGCUGAGGCUAGCCCACGUGCCUGUAGGUGCCUUACGGGUAAGGCCUAG